AUGAGAGUUGUUAGUGAAACACAAUAUUAUAAAGUAUUAGCUAAACUCUAUGAAAAAUGUGCAUCCUUAUCAGCAUAAUUAGAUAUUUAUGAAUUUGAUUCUCCUAAAAUUGAAUAAUAAUAAUAAUCAGAAAAUAGCAAUGAUAAAAUAAUAAAUAAAACUCAAAAUAAAAAAAAAUAGAAAUAUAUCUCUAAUACAAUUAUCAAAUUAUAAGAAGAAUAAUAAAAAUAAAAGUACUAAUUUUUGUCAAAAAAUAAAAAGAUUAUUUAAUAAAACAAUUAGAAGUCUAAAAAAAUUAAUAAGAAAAUUAAGAAACCUAUAAAUUAUGAUUUUGAAUAUUCAUUUUCUUAAACAUCAUCCUCAUAUAAUUGA